CGGAAGUGUGCUUCCAUCUAGCGCUUCCGAGAGCCGCAGCAGCUGCAGACUUCGGUUCCGCCAUCGUGGGGGCCCGGAAGUGCGGCCUUGGCGGUGGUAAGCCGGAGGCGGCCACAGCCCGGCUUGGUGCCUGAGGAAGAGCCAGAGAUGGCGGCGGCGGAGGCGGUGCACCACAUCCACCUGCAGAACUUCUCGCGUUCGCUGCUUGAGACCCUCAAUGGGCAGCGGCUGGGCGGGCACUUCUGCGACGUGACCGUGCGCAUCCGCGAGGCUUCACUGCGUGCGCAUCGCUGCGUGCUGGCCGCCGGCUCGCCCUUCUUCCAAGACAAGUUGCUGCUGGGCCACUCCGAGAUCCGCGUGCCGCCGGUGGUGCCCGCCCAGACCGUGCGCCAGCUCGUCGAGUUCCUCUACAGCGGCUCGCUGGUGGUGGCGCAGGGCGAGGCGCUGCAGGUGCUUACGGCCGCGUCCGUGCUUCGCAUCCAGACGGUCAUAGACGAGUGCACGCAGAUCACCGCUCCUGCCACCGCCCCUGCGGCCACCCCUGUGCGCGCCCCGGGUUCCGAGCCACCCGCCUAUGAGUGCAGUCACUGCCGCAAGACGUUCAGCUCACGGAAAAACUACACCAAGCACAUGUUCAUCCACUCCGGCGAGAAGCCCCACCAGUGCGCCGUGUGCUGGCGAUCUUUCUCGCUGCGCGACUACCUGCUCAAGCAUAUGGUCACGCACACGGGCGUGCGCGCCUUCCAGUGCGCCGUCUGCGCCAAGCGCUUCACGCAGAAGAGCUCGCUCAACGUGCACAUGCGCACACACCGGCCGGAGCGCGCGCCCUGCCCCGCCUGCGGCAAGGUCUUCUCGCACCGCGCGCUGCUGGAGCGCCACCUGGCCGCGCACCCUGCGCCCUGAUCCUCGCCCGGGCCUGGCCACGCCCACCGAGUGGUUUGGCCGUGCCCCCUGCCGCCGGCCACACCGACUGCAGGACCGGUAACCUCCCGGGGCACACUGCCAAGGCACCUUGACCACGUUGCCACCACCAGACCGCGCUCUCCCCCGAGCACAGGCCCUUCCCCUGCUUCCACCCUCUUCCCCACUUACCAGGGACCCAACCCACCUUACUCCUCCUCCGCGGGCCCUCCAUGUCGUGGCGGGCCGGGGCCGGUGGCAGUCAGGGACACAGCCAGCUCUGAGAACUGGAUCAUCUCCAGCCUGAACUGGGCACUCAGACGUGGGCGGGACCCAGGAUUCCUGGCUCCAACUCCGUUUUGUGACCUGCCUCUUCUCGUUUGUGGGGUGGGGUCUAGGGCUAUUUCUCUACCAGGUGUCAGGCUGGGGGAGACCCUGCACCCCAACCCGAGCUACCCCUUCCUCACCUGGCUCCUAAGGGGUCUCAGAUGGAUCCAUCGUGGACUGGGACUGGACCUUGGGACCCUUGCUUUGUAAUAAAGGACUGUGGCUCAUGGGGCCCAAACCCAUGCA